AUGAAGGCCGCUGGGCUCGCUAUGUUGCUUCUGAGUCUUCAUCACAUGUGCUCCUCCUCUGCUCAGGAGUGUGCGUCCACUCACAACCUGCUGACCUCGCUGCAACAGGUGGAGAAGAUGCUGGCAGUCCAUGAGGCGUCGUACCAGCAGGGCCUCCGCUCCCUCAGGAAAAAGAUUAGCGCCCUGCACAACAGCACCAUCGCCAUCUUUAAGACGACCAGGAACGUAUCCUGCCCCAAACCAGAGCCCCCCUCUCACGGCCGCAGACUGGGCAGGGUGUUUGCCGUUGGACACGAGGUUCACUUCAUGUGCAAACCCGGCUAUGAGCUGAUCGGCCCGAGGACCCGCGUGUGUCUGGAGUCUCUGAAGUGGAGCGGCCAACAGCCCAUGUGCAGACGAUUCAACAGCAGCGCUAACUCCCUGGCCUCCUUCUCUCCUGCUGCUCCCUCCUCCUCCUCCUCAUCAACCUCGUCAUCCUCGUCAUCCCUCCCUGUCUCUGCAGCUCUGUCAGGGUCCUCCUCCACCUCUUCUUCCUAUUCAGCAAUUCCCGCCUCUACUCUCUCCUCCUCAUCACCCACAUCUUCCUCUUCCUCCUCUUCUGUCCGACCGUCUCACUGUACCCACUUCCUGGGCUCCACCCGCUGCACCUGUGAUGUGGGUUUCACCAUAUCAGGCCGCGACAACAACAUCUGCACAGACAUCGACGAGUGUCGUCUGUUUCCUCUCGGCCAGCCCGGCCGGCUCUGCGUCCAUCAGUGUGUGAACACUCCUGGCAGCUUCCACUGCUUCUGUCCAGCAGGAUAUGACCUCGCCGCUGAUGGCCGUAGCUGCAGAGACAUCGACGAGUGUGAAAACCACAUUUACAACUGCACAGGGAACCAGCUGUGUGUGAACACAUAUGGGGGGUUCCAAUGUGUGACGGUGGAGUGUCCUCACAUGAAAAAUGCCACGUACAUCAAGACGUCACCAAUGCGCUGUGAGAGGAACCCGUGCAUGCUGGGAGACAAGGCUUGCACUCAGGCGCCAAACUCAAUCUCUUUCCAUUUCCUCUCUGUGGGGUCCAACAUGUCCGCCCCUCGGGUCCUCUUCCGGGUUUCGGCAGCUCGCGUGCUGGGCGACACUUUGCGUUUCGGCCUGGCGGGCGGCCGUGGCCGGGGCCACUUCAGCGUGCAGCGCUCAGGCCGACAGACUGGCACCCUCCUCCUGGUGACGCCAAUAAAGGGUCCUGCCACUUUGGAGGCUGAGGUGGAAAUGAGUGAGCUGGAGCGCAACACCCUGCUGGGCCGAUACCUGACAAAGGUCACGCUGUUUGUUUCUCCGUACGAGUUCUAG